AGCACCCGCAGCACUCAGCAACAGCCUUGGGGCAGCCCACAGCUCCUGGACACAGAUCCCUGUGAACAGCCAUGGCAGGGGAAGGGGAGCUCAACCGUGUCAUCAAGGACCUGCAGAAGACCGUGGCCGAGCUGAAAUGCAGCUACCAGGAGCAGAACCUGCCGGUGACAGACGGGAGCCGGGAGCUGCACAGCCUCUGUGCCCAGCUAGAGUUCCUCCUCCAGUUUGACCUCAAGGAGAAGAGGAGCUUCUUUGGGCAGCGCAAGGACUAUUGGGACUUCUUGUGCCAGGGCCUAGCACGGUGCCGGCAGGAGCAUGAAGGCAUUCACUUCGUCACCUCCCUGGACAAGCUGAAGACCCCUGUGGGAAGGGGCCGAGCCUUUCUGCGGUACUGCCUGGUGCACCGGCAGCUGGCAGAGUCCCUGCAGCUCUGCCUCCUCGACCCUGAGAGCCUCUGCGAGUGGUACUACGCCCGUAGCCCCUUCCUGAGCCCCAAACGGCGAGCAGAGAUCCUGGGCAGCCUCUAUGAGCUGGACUGUGUCACCUUCCACCUGGCUCUGUACAGGAGUGACCUGGACACCGCCUGGCCCAUGUUCUCUGAGCCACUGGCAGGGAGUGUGGAAAUGGAAGAUAUAGAGGAAGAUAUAGAGGAUGGGGAGGUGAAGAAGGGCAUGGAAGAGGAGGCUGAAGAGGAAGUGGAGAAGGAUGACAGUAAGGAUACAAAGGAGGUGAAGGUGGAGCAUGUGAAGGUGGAGGAUGUGGAAGUGGACAUAGAGGAAGAUUUGGAAGAGAAGCAUGAAGAGUUGGAGGAGGAUGAGAAGGAGGUAAAGGAUGUGGAUGUAGAGGAACUGAAGGAUGCACAUGGCACUGGCAAAGCAGCCCAGCCUGAUGGUGCUGGAGAGCCUGGCAUGUCCCCACUGUCCACCGGCACAAGGUGCAUGCUGGGGUCCCUGUCGCUGGUGCCCAGGCAGCCGGCUGGGACAGAGGAAUCCCUGCAGGCACUGGUGUCCCAGCUGAGGGCCGAGCUGGCUCAGCGCGAGGCGGCGGCACAGGCGCUGGCGGCGGGGCUGGCGCGGGCGGAGCUGCGGCACCGGCGGCAGGAGGAGGGCAGUGCCCGGCGGGCCCAGCUGUGGGCACGGGAGGCGGAGGCACUGCGGGAAACCAACACCUUCCUGCAGCGGGCACUGCGGGCAGCGGUGGCGGCGGGGGACCCUGGGGCGCUGGCACGGGCACAGGAGGAGGCACGGGGCUGGCAAGAAGUGGCAGAGGAGCGGGGUACCCAGCUGGCCAGGGCGCGGGCAGAGGCGGCGGCGCUGACCUCGUGCCUGCAGGAAUGCCAGGAAGUGCUGGUGGCGGCAGGACGGACGGACAUGGUGAAGGAUGCUGGUAGCUCAAAUGAGGUGGCCGCCGUGGAGGAGGUGCUGCGGCAGGCACUGGAGCUCGCCCGUGGUCCCCAGGAGCCCCCAGGAGCCCCCCAGGCAGAAGGGGAGCCCAGCACGGUCACCAGCAUGGCCAUGCUCUUGGCCAACCUGGCUGCCACAGCACAGGAGGAGACCUGGCAGAGCCGGCAGCAGCUCCAGGCCCAGCAACAGGAGAUGGCACGGCUGCAGGAGGAGCUCAGCAGGGGGACCGUGUCGCCACUGCCCCGCGGCAGGGCCCGGCAGGAUGGCGAGCGCUGGGCAUCGGCGCUGCAGCGGGCGCAGCGGGAAGCGCUGGAGCGGGAGGCCACGCGCGGCGCCGAGCAGGCACGGCAGCAGGAGCUCAUCCGCGACAUGAAGGAGCGGCUGCUGGAGCUGCUGCGGGAGAAGGAUGCCCUGUGGCAGAAGACGGAGGGCAUUGACACCCCGAUGCCCAGUCCGGUGCCCCGCGACCCAGGGCUGUGUGCCCGCUGCCACAAGGAUUUCCGCCUCCUCUCCCGGCGGUACAACUGCAGGUGGGCUGUGCGGGGAACGGCGGCUGGCACUGGCACAGGGCAGGGACGGCUCAGCUCUCACCUCCUGCUCUCUCAGCAGGCUGUGCCAGGGCAAGGUGUGCCACACGUGCUCCGUGGAUAUGGGCAAGCACGGCCGCUGCUGCCUGAUUUGCUACCAGCAAAGGCACCCGCAGGCCACAUGAGUGGGGACAGCAGCCCUGCCACCAUGUCUGGGACACCUCCUGCCCUGGCUGCCUCCUCUUGGACUUACUGGUCACUGCCAGAUUGA